AUGGCCGGCGCGCAUGCCGUGUACGUGGCCCAUGCGCACCUCGUGGGCGCCGCCGUCGUGCUGCGCCAAACCAACAUGAGCUUUCUCCGAGGAGCGCUCUAUAGCGUGGACCCAGAGAAUGGCAUUGUUGUCCUCCUCACGCUUGACGACGACGCGAUGGCCGUGCAGAGCCGCGCCGUCAUGAGCCAUGCCAUCGCUGCCAUCGAAGAAGAUGCGGACGGUGGCGUCGACAUCGCCGCUUUGCGUGCGCACGUAAAUGCGCGUGCGCAGAGCAAGCGAUUCGAGUCGCACGAGGCUGCGCAGCUCGCACUGCAGACCUUUCUUGCUAGCCGCUGCAUCGAGACGACCAUGGGCGCCGAGAAGCAACUGCUUGUCUUUGGCGGCGCCGCGACGAUAUCCCCGCCGUACGACGCGUUCGCGAUCACGAGCCAAAACGAUUUUGUCGCGCAGCGCCUCAAGGGACUGCUGCACGAGUGGGAAGCACAGACAACCACGUAAAGCCAAUGGACCUGCUUACCAC